UCGGCAAUGACGCGUGCGAAGAACAAAUUAAAAAGCAUAUAUCCCCUUAAAGCGACUUCGCAGCAAAACCUCUUGUCUCGUUUAUCUAUAUAAAGAAAAUUUAGUAGCAAACUUCUCGAUUCCUUGAUUCGUGGGAAAAAGAAAGUCUAGAUUUUUGUGGAUUUUGAUUUUGUGAUUCCGUGAUUGUAUGAACUUGAGCCGUUUUGCUUCGAGAUUAAGAAUGGCGGAAGAAAUCUCAAAGACGAAGGUGGGAUCUUCUUCUACUGCUUCGGUGGCUGAUUCAUCUGCUGCUGCGUCGGCUGCAACGAAUGCGGCCAAAUCAAGAUGGAAAAUUUUGUGGCCUAAUUCGCUCCGGUGGAUUCCUACGUCCACCGAUUACAUCAUCGCCGCCGAGAAACGUCUUCUCUCCAUCCUCAAGACGCCUUAUGUACAAGAGCAAGUCAGUAUUGGUUCAGGACCACCAGGUUCUAAAAUCAGGUGGUUUAGGUCUACGAGCAAUGAGUCACGUUACAUCAACACUGUUACAUUUGAUGCCAAGGAGGGAGCUCCUACACUCGUCAUGGUUCAUGGUUAUGGUGCUUCUCAAGGGUUUUUCUUCCGUAAUUUUGAUGCUCUUGCCAGUCGAUUUAGAGUGAUCGCUAUUGAUCAACUUGGGUGGGGUGGUUCAAGUAGGCCUGAUUUUACAUGUAGAAGCACAGAAGAAACUGAGGCAUGGUUUAUCGACUCCUUUGAGGAAUGGCGUAAAGCCCAGAAUCUCAGUAACUUUAUUCUAUUAGGACAUUCUUUUGGAGGCUAUGUUGCUGCUAAAUACGCGCUUAAGCAUCCUGAACAUGUUCAACACUUAAUUCUGGUGGGAUCUGCUGGGUUCUCAGCAGAAGCAGAUGCCAAAUCAGAAUGGCUCACUAAAUUUAGAGCAACAUGGAAAGGUGCAGUCCUAAAUCAUUUAUGGGAGUCAAAUUUCACUCCUCAGAAGCUGGUUAGAGGAUUAGGUCCUUGGGGUCCAGGUCUUGUAAAUCGGUAUACAACUGCAAGAUUUGGUGCACAUUCGGAGGGAACUGGGCUAACAGAAGAGGAAGCCAAAUUGCUAACCGAUUAUGUGUACCAUACUUUGGCUGCAAAGGCUAGUGGAGAGUUAUGCUUGAAAUACAUCUUCUCAUUUGGAGCAUUUGCUAGGAAGCCCCUCUUACAAAGGUAUGUCCACCAAAAACAUUGCUGAUAAAGUUUCUGCAUACUCACACUCGAUGACUCCUCUUUUGUGUGCAGUGCAUCAGAGUGGAAAGUGCCAACAACGUUUAUCUAUGGAAUGAAUGAUUGGAUGAACUAUCAAGGUGCGGUGGAAGCGAGGAAAUCCAUGAAGGUCCCUUGCGAAAUCAUUCGGGUUCCACAGGGUGGUCAUUUUGUGUUCAUAGACAACCCAAUUGGUUUUCAUUCUGCAGUGCUUUAUGCUUGCCGCAAGUUUAUAUCUCAAGACUCCUCUCAUGAUCAACAACUCCUAGAUGGUCUACGAUUGGUUUAGUCAUAGUAUCUUGUUCCUUUUACCUUCCAAAUUUAUUCUAUAUGUGUAUACAAGUAUAUAUGAAAAAGAACAUAAAAAAGAAUUACUUUCUUUAUUUGAAUAUUCGGUUGUGUAUUGGAGUUUCAAGUCCUCUUUCCAUGUCUAAAAGUUCUAUUUGUAACGUUCUUGAUUUCACUCUAAAACCUCUUAAAGUGUUUCAAAUGUGAUCUCAUUAUCGACAUCCAAGUUGUAAUCUUUCACAAUCCACAAUAAUCUUUUAUCUCAUUUUUUACAUUUUAC